GCCGCCGGCAAAAGGUCUCUCCAAACGCCGCCUCCCCGUAGAUUUGACUCCGGCUCCUAGAUUCUCUAGCCACUGGGUUUCUCUAUUUAACAAUCAGCGACGCCGGGCUCCGAUAAUUGCUUCCUUUCCAACUCGUCGUCUUCUAGAUUGUUUUUAGCUUCUCCCUCGUCGUUGGCGUCUUGUCCUCCGUAGCGCCGGCUGAUUCUCCUCGCCUUCCUCAUUUUCAGCUGGGGUUUUCCGGGUAACCUUCGUAGCUUUAUACAGGAUUUUUCUCUCUAGAAUGAGUCAUGCUCUGCUCCCCAAGAAUGUGGCUUUGGUCAUAAAGUACCAAAAGGAUCCUCUGAAAGCUCUUGAAACUUUCAAUUCUGUGAAGAUAGAAGAUGGGUUUAAGCACACAUUGCCUACCUAUAGGUGCAUGAUUGAGAAGCUAGGUAUCCAUGGUGAAUUCCAGGCAAUGGAGCAAGUGUUCAUGGAAACUAGGAUGAAUGUCGAUAAUAACUUGCUGGAUGGAAGCAGUUGAUGUGUUUGAGAGGAUGGAUUUCUACAACUGCGAGCCUUCGGUGUUAUCGUAUAACUCCAUCAUGAAUAUAUUGGUUGACUAUGGGCAUCACGAUCAAGUGCAUAAAGUCUACUUGAGGAUGAGAGAUAAAGGAAUCUCUCCUGAUGUUUACACUUUUACGAUUAGGAUAAAGUCCUUCUGCAAGACGGGAAGGCCUCAUGCUGCUCUAAGGCUUCUGAACAACAUGUCUUCUCAAGGGUGUGAAGUCAAUGAUGUUGCUUAUUGUACUGUUGUUGGUGGGUUUUAUGAUGGGCACUAUCUACUUGAUGCAUAUGAAUUGUUCAACCAGAUGCUUGAAUUGGGUAUUUUUCCAGCCAUUGCUACUUUUAAUAAGCUCAUGCAUGUUCUUUGCAAGAAAGGGCAAGUCAAAGAAAGUGAAAAGCUGUUGAGCAAGGUGCUUAAGAAGGGUUUCUGUCCCAACUUGUAUACAGUUAACAUCUUCAUCCAAGGGCUCUGUAGAAAAGGUGCAGUAAAUAGGGCUGUCAGUAUGUUGGAGAGCAUGAACAAGGAAGGUCUAAUUCCCGAUGUUGUCACAUAUAACACUCUCAUUUGUGGUUUGUGUAAAGGAAAUAAAGUUGCACAAGCAGAGGGCUAUCUGCAUAAAAUGGUGAAUGAAGGGUUACAGCCUGAUGCCUUCACCUACAACUCUAUAAUUCAUGGUUAUUGCAAGAUGGGGAUGAUGCCAAAUGCUGACAAAAUUCUUGGUGAUGCAAUCUUUAAAGGGUUUGUGCCUGAUGAGUUUACUUAUUGCGCCUUGAUCACCGGUUUAUGCCAGGAUAAUCUUGUGGAUCGUGCUGUAUCGGUUUUCAACGAGGCACAGGGGAAGGGCUUAAAGCCUACGGUUAUUCUGUACAAUACACUAAUUAAAGGGUUGUCCAAGCAAGGGCUUGUUCUCCAAGCCUUGGAGUUGAUGGGCGAGAUGUUGGGAAAAGGUUGCAUCCCAGAUACAUGGACUUACAAUCUGAUAAUAGAUGGAUUAUGUAAGAUGGGAUGUGUCUCUGAUGCCACUAACCUUCUGAAUGAUGCUAUUGCAAAAGGGUACAUCCCAGAUAUUUUUACAUUCAACACAUUACUUGAUGGAUACUGCAAGCAGCUGAAAAUGGAGAAUGCUCUUGAGCUUCUGAAUAGCAUGUUGAGUCAUGGUGUCUUGCCAGAUGUGAUCACGUACAACACUCUUUUGAAUGGCCUAUGCAAGGUUGCAAAGUCUGAAGAUGUUAUGGAAACAUUCAAGAUGAUGUUGGAGAAAGGAUGUGUUCCUAAUCUGAUCACUUACAGUAUACUCGUAGAGAGCCUGUGCAAAUCUAGGAAAGUAAAUGAGGCUCUGGACUUACUAGAAGAAAUAGGGAAGAAAGGUCUAGUUCUAGAUACUGUCAGUUUCAGCACUGUCAUUAAUGGAUUAUGCAAUAUAAAGGAUUUGGAUAGAGCAUACGAUCUCUUCAAAAGAAUGAAGCAAGAAUACAACAUUUUGUGGAGAACGUCGACAUUCAAUAUCAUGAUAAAUGGGUUUUCCGAAAAGUUGAAUAUCGAAAUGGCAGAAAAGCUUUUUCAUCAGAUGGGCAAUGAAGAAUGCUGCAGUGCAGAUGAUUACACAUACCGUGUCAUGAUUGAUGGUUUCUGCAAAGUGUGGAGGAUUGACUCUGCAUACAAGUUUCUUAUGGAAAUGAUUGACAAAGGUUUUGUUCCAUCAUUAACGACCUUUGGAAGAGUGAUCAACUGUCUGUGUGUCCAAGAUAAAGUCCCCGAGUCAGUUAGGAUAGUCCAUAUGAUGGUGAGAAAUGGCAUUGUCCCGGAGGUUGUGGAUACUAUUUUUGAGGCUGAUAAAAGGGCAGUUGCAGCACCCAAGAUUGUCGUUGAAGAUUUGCUGAAGAAAGGUUGUAUAACUUACUAUGCCUAUGAACUUCUGUAUGAUGGUGUCAGGGACAAACGGUUACAAAAGAAGAAACAUUCCAGUCACCCUGAACAUCGGCCUGGAAAGGUCUCUCAUCAUGUUGAUAAUGUAUGAAGUUAGAGAGUUGCCGGAAUGUAAAUUACAAAGACCUAGUAAGUUGUUCAUUCCUGUUCAAAGAGGCUGAAUAGGAAGUACUAUACUUCUGCCAUGUUCAUUCUUUAUCCAAAUUCUUACUGUUUCUUGAGGGAAUUUUGGCAUAAUUUUGAAAUCUCAUUCUUGCUUUGUUUAUUGUUACAGAAGAAAUGGGGGACCAAUGAUGUCAGAAAAUGUAAGUUUCUGUUAUCUGAUUAUCCUUGUUGCCUAUGUUUACUUUAGCUUGUUGCCAACUGAUCCAGAUCCUUACAUUCUCGUUAUCUACAUUUGCUGCAUCUCUGAUUAAUAAGCAUGUCGAACCAGAUGUACAGUUAUACUCUCACACGCAGGUUGACACGAAGAGCAAACUAAGCGGCAGACAAGUUUUACCGCUAGCAUCAUGAAGUGGAGUUUCCUCAUGUUGAAGUAACAAUGACGAACUCAAAUCAGCAGGAACUGGCCAUGCCCCCCUUCCAGAAGGAGGACACAUUGGUAUUUGGUACAUUCCAAUAAUUAAAGUCUUUCAACUUAUAUUUUAGGCAUGUCUCUGUUCAGGGCUCUUUAGUGCCUGCCUGCCUCUUCCAUAGAUCUUAUUGAUUUCUGCAACUUUUUUCUCUCAUCUCAGGACCUUGGAUUGUUGAGAUACCAGGCCAUCUUAAGCUGCCUGUUGGUGAAUGUAACGUAUGAUGCUUGAGCACAAGUCUUCGGUAGUUAAUUCUCUUCCUUCUUCAAAAGUACAUUCAUAACGAGUGUGACAUGUUGAGGGAGAUAAAAACAAAAUCCUGAGUGCUACGUGCGAGGAGGAGGAGCAAGCGUACUUAACAUCUUGAUACAGGGCCCAUAUAAGUCGUGGGAUAUUUCAAGUCGACCGAACUGAGUAAUAGAGGUGAGUGUAAUAUAUAUAUGUUUGCAUAUUAUGUGCUGAUUAAACCGUAGGUUGUUAAGUGUAAGCUGCCUGUUGGUGACUGUAAUGGUGUGAUGCUUGAGCACAAGUCUUUGAUAGUAAAAUAAAUUUAUGUUGUCUGAUCCCUGUGUUUAACUACAGCACAGGAUUGAUGCCAUUGCCUGAUCCUCUAGAGCCUGCUGGAUUGCAUCCAAUCUUGCUAUGCUGAUGUAAUUCUAUAUGAAGGUACAGAUCGAUUCAAAUUCUUCUUUCAGCAUUUCUAUUUUUGAGUCAUUUGCUGGUUUUUCCCCUGCAUGUAUGAGGACGAUCUAUAUUAGUAUGAUUGAAUAGUUAGUUAAAACAAGCGACUGUACAAGCUGAGUUUGUGCAGAGAUUUAAUCUGUAGAUUGUAAUACCAAAAUGGAAACUUAAUCAAUGUUUGUGGAUUGUUUCAUCCAUCACUCUCUCCAUUUCUAUGCAUAGUGAUUCAUACCUUGCCUUUUGGCGAGAGCUUUGAAGUUCAUGAUCCCGAGCAUUUUGUCUUUCUUAACAGAUAGCUCUGUGGAAUGCUGCUCAAAUGGUGUCCCUCACGUUUUAUGACCCGGUCCAGAAGGUGUCCUGCUCCUGCAGCUGCCUUGGAGGGUCUCGGCAUAGGGAUACCCUGAUAUCCCAUGACUACCCGACCAACCUGCAAAAGUGGCUAAAGAGAAGCACACAACCCUGCCGAUGGCCAUCAGGGGGUACAUGUUGAACGGCUGCUGCAUACCCGACUCAAAACUCGAGAGCAAACCGUCCCAAGUUCUACGUUUUUACCAAUGCAGCAACCCCUUUGAUGGUUGGCCAUACCAGAAGUCGAUUACCAGAUUUGGGACUGCAGCAGUAUAUUGUCAAUACUCUGUACUAAACCACGAAUAUUCCCUUAUCCCCCUCUCCUCGUACUUGGUAAUUUCGACUUGUUUUGCUCGACUCAAUUUGUCUUAUGAGCAGCUUGAUCUUCCCUUCAAUUCAACUUUCAACCUGUUAUAUCUCAAUUCUCUCCACUAUUAUUUGUAUUCACAUCCUUCAGUCAUAUUUCAACUUUGAUAUAAAUACAAUUACCUAAUCCGUCAUCUACCUCUCAUAAUUAAAAAAAAGUUACAAGUGUUCGUAUCAAAUCAAAUUUUAGAAGAUUA